AUGGAGUGGCCUACCCUUCAAGAGGUCCACGCCUACCGGCAGCAGGUCUACCGGGUGGUUUCCUCCGUCAUACACGCCGCGUCCGAGGCGGAGAUCUCGAACAUCGGCGCGGACAGCCCGUACUGGGCCCUGCCGAUGGCGAUGGAGCAUGAGCGCAUCCACGUCGAGACGUCGAGCGUGUUGAUCCGCGAGCUUCCCCUCGAGCACGUCUCGCGCCCGGCGACGUGGCCGGCCCCGCAUGUCCCCGAUUCCGAUGACGGCGACCGCUCGCCAACGCCGCCUCCAAUCGAAAACCCUCUGGUGCGAGUGGAGGGAGGCGUGGUCCGCCUGGGGAAGCCGAAGGAUUUUCCGAGCUUCGGCUGGGACAACGAGUACGGUUCGCGCGAGUUCUACGUACCCAGUUUCGAGGCCGCCAAGCACAUGGUCACCAACGGCGAGUUCUUGGAGUUCGUUGCGGACGCGGGGUACGCGCGGCAGGAGCUGUGGUCGGACGAGGGGUGGAGGUGGAAGAUGUUCCGGAACGUCAAGAAGCCGCAGUUUUGGGUGUCGGAGGGCUAA